AUGCCGCGUAUAGCUUUAGUGCAGAGUAAAACAUACUCAACUCCUCGUCGUCCUUAUGAGAAGGAGCGACUUGAUCAGGAGUUGAAACUGAUCGGUGAAUUUGGAUUGAGAAACAAGCGUGAAGUAUGGAGGGUCAAGUACGCACUGACGAAGAUCAGAACUGCCGCCAGAGAGCUGCUUACAUUGGAUGAGAAAGAUCCAAGGCGUUUGUUUGAAGGAAAUGCUUUGUUACGUAGGCUGGUUCGUAUUGGUGUAUUGGAAGAAUCCAAAAUGAAGUUGGAUUACGUUUUGGGUCUUAAACUAGAAGAUUUUUUGGAGCGUCGUCUUCAAACACAGGUCUUCAAGCUGGGACUUGCCAAAAGUAUUCAUCAUGCUAGAGUUCUGAUUAGACAAAGACACAUUAGAGUCAGAAAGCAAGUUGUUAACAUCCCUUCAUUUAUUGUGCGCUUGGAUUCGCAGAAGCACAUUGAUUUCUCUUUGAAGUCACCAUACGGUGGUGGCAGACCUGGUCGCGUUAAGAGAAAGAACCAGAGGAAGCCAGACAGUGGUGCUGCUGCUGAAGAAGAAGAAGAUUAA